UGGCUGAUAUAUAUACGUGCUUUCUCACUGCCUGGGAUUACUACCAAUGUUACUAUUACGGCAACACGCGUUCGGAGCGACUGCAGCCAGUGCAGGAUAGUACAUAUAGUAACAGUGGAAAGUAAAUACCAGAGUCAUUGGUGACAUUUUCUGAUUCAGAGAGCGGUCUUCAUGACAACACCGAUAUAAUGAAAUUUUAUCAAAUUUCAUGUGAAUUGGGGAUUGUUUUAAACCUCAUAGUUAUAGUGUGCGCUACACAAAGUGAGUUUGUUAAUUUAUCUACGUUAUCAUUCCCUGACAGGAAACGCCAUUACGAGCAAUUCCAUAGGAAAUAUACGAAGAGGGGACAUUGGAAGAAUAAGCCAGCUUUGAAAAAGAUGUAUUGUGAUGUUUUAGAGAAAUACGCCACAUUAUUACAGAAACUAACAGGGCGUGAUGCACUGCAUGAAAUGGCCGGGAGGCAAUGGGAAGACAGUAGACGGUACAGACGUGAAGUUCGAAAUGACAUAGAGUACCAGGUGUACGGCAAGGUAGUGCACAGGAAAAAACCUGAAGUGAACCCUCUAGGCAAAUUCUUUAGCAGUCUAAACUCUAGGACUAAACGUGGAUUGCGCUCGUCCGGGAGUACGAAGAAACUCACCGAAAGAAUACGAGAAAUCAUGGAGCUAACCCACAGGCUCGAGCACAGAGACAAUAGCCACGAUACAGUCAUAGACGGGUCGGGUGAUGGAGAAGUGGGCCCAACCGAUAUCGUUAUCUCUACUACUUCGACCAACAGGGGCACUGAAAGCGCAGGGUCCGCGGAGAAUAAUAACCAUUCCAUUCAAAAAGUACCUAGAAAGAAAGACAACCCGCACGUGUCAGAUUGUGACGAAUCUUACAGGCAUUACUGCUUUAACGGAGGCACGUGUUUCCGUGUGAAGGCUUUGAAUCAAACCUCUUGCAGUUGCCCAGAGGGGUUUACGGGGAACCGAUGCCAAGAACACAUCAACCGGAGCGUUCUCCAGGUUUUGGAGUACGGGAUAUUUAUUGGUGCGGCGGGAAUUGAAAAUUUGGCCAUAGCCUGUGGAAAACCUGAAUACAUCUUUUUACGGCCUGAUAUUCGGGAUAAGAUUUAGGGCUUCAUGACUCGCAGUAGGCAAGCAGGUCAAACUCCCAGACGAAUCCUGGACCACCCUAACGGCGUUCGUGAUACCGUUUGACUGUGGUUACAAGAUGUUCUUACUGUGAUCUUCGCUAGCUUGAACAGUGUGCUUCACAGGGUAGUGGACCGCAGGAUCGGCCACGCCCACUGGCUUGGACUUCUUGAGAGGACAAUACUUUUUUUGCCUUUCCGUCCUCAGAAUUUACGGGAAUAACUUUGGAAUGGCAGAUUGCCUUUUUCUUGACAAAAAGUACUUGACCACCCCUUAAGCUGCUUGUCUGUCAGGUAUCCCUCCAACGCCGACCUAGUAUCUCUAGUGCAUUUUAAGGACGCACGGCUACGGUCUCUCACUCACAUGGGCAAAUAGGUCCGGGGAAUAUGAUGAUGAUAAAUUUAAAACAAAGUUUAACACUAACUGUAACCAUGGAUGCGUAGAAAAGAAGAUACAAUUUCUGGACUGAAAAUAUUUUAUUGACAAUUUCCCGUGGCAUAAGCAUAAAACAUAGACUAACAACAAGUUACUUGUUUUGCUGUUAUCAUUAUAUAGUAAAUAUGCACAGACUCAUAAAAUUUCUUCCAUUGCUAGCUUUAGCAUUGUCGCUGUAGUCUGCAUUAUUAGAAAGUACUUUAAAUUUUUAUCGUUACAUAUUCGUGGACCAUGACAUUAAUCAACUUGACGCACUUCAAACACAAUUAAUUGUGAUCAGAAUUUUCUUUUAGACAUGUGAAUAAUUUAUUAAUUUAUUGAUAUCUAUAUCUGUGGCUUGAUGUAUAAACUCCGUAUCGUUGUGUGCAUCUGUGUCUGAAUAUAUUUUCAUUGUCGUAAUCUCGUUCUUGCAUUUGUCUUAAAUAUAAUUGUCUUUAAAAAUA